AGUGUGUGCCUAUACAUGUAGCAGACAGCAUCAUAAUCAGAUUAUAAUGGCAAUGGUAUAAGUUGCUUUGCGGCUGCACCAAUCCAGAACCCGCUAGUAUCUCUACCAGUGACAUCUACCAACAAGCCCACAUAUCUCUGCCCAGAUGUCUUCAACUUCAACAUCUGGCUCAACCCCAGGUAAAAGUUCUAAUCCUUAUGAUGUGGAAGAGAUCAUUAACCAUUACCGCGAGCACCGGCCCACUUAUGCACAGGAAGUGUUUGAGACGAUUCAGGCGUUCUGCGAAGAAAACAAAGCUGAAUUUGAUCUGGCCCUGGACAUCGCAUGUGGUUCUGGUCAAGCAACAGUGCCAUUAGCGGGUAUUUACAAACAGGCUAUUGGUGUAGACGCAAGUGCUUCUCAUGUGGCAAAAGCCCCUCGUCACUUGAGCAACAUAACGUACAAGGUUGCAGACUGCAACUUUCCACUCAAUUUUAUCGAGUCUGGAACAGUGGAUCUGGUCAGUGUUGCUUCUGCCGUCCAUUGGCUGGAUUUGAACAACUUCUGAAACGGCACGGCAACAGGAAACAGUGGUGGACAACAGGAACUUGCCUGAUCUUUUUCUACGCAGAAACAGACAGAAUGCUGAAACCAGGUGGGGUUAUGGCCGUGUUCUGUGGAGGAUUCCCUUCUUAUGAAGAUCAGGAAGUGCUGAGUAUUUACAAGAAGAUCCUGGCCACUACAGGUGAGACACACCCUGAACAAAUGAAGGUCGCUAACGACAACAUGGAAAGCUUCCGUCUUCCAUACCCCAACUCCAAGAGGUUCCUGCCCAUCAACAGACACCUAGAAGCCACAGCAGAACAGUCCAUACAGAUGAGCCUCACCAUUCACUCCUUCCAGGAUUAUGUGCAGAAACAUCCGGAAUAUAUGGAGGAAGUCAGACAGAUGUUCAGAGAGUGGAACAAAGGAGACGAGAGUAAAACCUAUAAAUUUGCCGUUCCUACCUACCUCCUGACGAGUCAAAAGCCUACUCAGUGAAGACAAAAUCAAGCAAAAGGUGGCAAAGAGGACUUUUCACCAGACAUAAUGUUUAAGAUUCGAAAAUAAAAUUAAUUACCUCAUCCCCAGUGGGCCACGGAACACAAGUAGAGACCCAUGGCCCAUCGGCAAGAGAUACAUCACCUCGAUGGGGAGAAUAAUAAUACGUUUGUUAACAUUUCACAUUCAUUUUUUCUGCUUUCUUUGUUUCCUUUUUUUUAAUUACUUUACCACUAGGCCUUAUGAUCCACCUUUGAAAUGACCCAUCAAUGUUAAGCUGGGUUUUGGAAUAAUGUUCACAUCCUGCAAAAACAAACAAUGAAUCACAUUUUAUCAUAUUGAAACAAAGGGACUUGCUUAAACUUAAAUAUGUAAUAGAAUAUGUUGGGUUUUUUUUCCCUUCUGAAGUGCAAGGGUUGCAUUAUGUGGACUGAUCUCCGUGCCAUUUUCAUGUUUUGUAUACAAUAAUUUUAUAUGGUCUUAUUUUCCGCACUUUAGGUGCCAUUUCAUAUAAUUAGAGAGUUUAUUGUAAUACUGUUUUAUUUUAUGGGCAAUCCAGUCAGGGUCCAAUUUUUGUAUUUUGUACAAUUUAGUUUUCUGUAAGACAUUAGACGUUUAGUGUUAAUUAUUUUGAAGUAAUUUCUUGUCUUAAUUUAAUUCAGUUAAUUGAAAAUAACUCGUAGUAAAAUGGAAUCAAAGCUUAUAAUAUACAGGACGUCCUUGCUUAUUGCAUCAAACUGAAGCUUACACAUUGUGCACAGAAAUCUCUAAAUGAAGGAAAAAGACAUGAGAGUAAACUCUUAUUGACUGUGUGCCUUGCAUUGUAACCAAACAGGUCUUCUCGAAAGUCAAUUUGUAAUCACCGCAAUGAUUUGAUUUACUUUUUUAGUUUUAGUAUUAGUUUCAAGACUGAGGUGAAGUAGAGACGAAUCCAUUCACCCUUCCACUUCCAGUCUAUAAUUUUUUUUUAAAUGUAGCCUACCAAUAGUGCAAGAUCCUGAAACAGAAAACACAAAUCCAUUCAUGUCUUAUUCAUGUUGUUUAUGUUAUAAGUGUACAUAUCACAUUCAGAGAGAAGAUUAUUUGGAGAGAAAAAAGGUGCAUUAAUAUAAAAUAAACAGUCUUAAGAAAUUUUAA